AUGUCGGGGCGCAUUAACCAGCCUAAUCGUAUCGAGACGUGGUUGCUUCAGGAUGAUGAGAAGCGCCUCACGAUCACGGAAGACCCCAAGAUUCCCAAUGCCGCGACGGUUGUCGUGCGCGCGCAAGACCACACACUGGGGAACAUGUUGCGAGCACAACUGUUGCUCGAUCCAACUGUCCUCUUCGCCGGAUACAAGGUGCCGCAUCCGCUGGAGAACGUGAUCACCAUCAAGAUCCAGACAGACGAGCGCUCGAAUCCUGCGGACGCACUGAAGCGCGCAUGCCAGCUGCUCAUCACGCAGACCCUCAAUGUCAAGAAGCAAUUCCAGGAUCAGGCGCGCAACAUCGAGAUGGGGAUGGGCCCAGAGGCCGCACCGCAGGCUACGGGCGGCUACGACCCCUAUGGCGACGGCUUUGGAGCGGGCGCGCCCGCGGGCGGCGCGGCACAGGGAGGCGACGUGUAUGACUUCUAAGAGGUCUCGUAGCAAUAGACAUGUUGUAUCAUAUAAUUGCAGCUGUACAACGAGGUUGAGCACGGUGGGUGUCGUCAGACCGCCCAAAUGCGACGACACUGAACGUACGCGUUUGCCCAGCAGCAACUUCUAUAAAGAAGAUGCCCGCCAACGCUCUCCGACCUCUCUCUCAUACACAUGCAUCUAUCUGUAUUGACUGCGC